AAUGCUUUGGGUUAUGCACCAAUAACGUGUUGAGAAAUGUGGAGAAGGAGAAAGAAAGAUGGAGAUGAGAAGCAGUGAAGAGAUUGAGAUUGGAAGAGACAUAACUCCAACACUCACUCCUCUCUCUUUCUCUCUUCACAAUUCCAAUCUCAACACUCACUGCUCCGCCUGUUUCUCUCCUCUUUCCGGUCCUUUUCCGUCCAUUCCUAAUCCCCCCUUCUACUGCUCUCCUCCCUGCUCCGCCGCCCUUUCCCCUCUCCACCACUCCUCCGCCGAGACCCACCUCCCUCCCUCCGUCCAUUCCUCCCACCUCCGCGCCGCCCUCCGCCUCCUCCGCUCCCACCGCCCCUCCCCCUCCCUCCGCCUCGCCGGCCUCCUCUCCAACCACCGCAUCCUCACCUCUCCUCAAACCCCUUCCCUCUCCCAUGAUGAUGACCAUGUUUCUGAGAGCAUCAGGCUCGGUGCCGCCGCCAUGGCUGAAGCCAUCGCCGAGCAGCGCGCUGUUCCGAACGGCGACGCCGUUUUGGAGGAGGCUACGAUUGCGUUUUGCGCAGUGCUAACGAACGCUGUGGAGGUGCACGAUGACGAAGGGCGCGCCCUCGGAAUCGCGGUUUUUGAUCCCACCUUCUCUUGGAUCAACCACAGCUGUUCUCCCAACGCAUGCUACCGUUUCAUCCUCUCUUCUCAUUCCGAUGAACCUGAACUUCUUGGCAUUGCUCCGCAUCCACAAAUGGGUAGUGGUGGGGUUUGUGUUAGCAGUAAUGAAUUUGCCCAAGAGGUUCUAGGUUAUGGUCCUAGAUUGGUUGUGAGGAGUAUAAAGAAAAUUAAAAAGGGAGAAGAAGUCACUGUGGCCUAUACGGAUAUCUUGCAGCCCAAGGCAAUGAGACAGUGGGAGCUAUGGUCAAAAUAUAGGUUUGUUUGUAGUUGCAAACGAUGUAGAGCUCUUCCUUUUUCAUACGUGGAUCAUGCAUUGCAAGAAAUUUCAACUUUCAGUUAUGAUUCAACGGGUUCAUAUUCCAAGUUCCUCAAAGACAUGGCUGAUAGAAAAUUGAGUGAGGGCAUUGAUGAUGUCAUAUCAGAGUAUCUUUCGGUUGGUGAUCCAGAGUCUUGUUGUGAUAAGCUUGAGAAGAUACUCAUGCAAGACGUUAAAGGAAAAUCAGAUUCUAAGUUCAUGCUGCAUCCCCUAAACCACCAUUCUAUAAAAGCAUACACAACACUGGCUUCAGCGUAUAAAGUUUGUGCCGGUGAUUUAUUGUCUGUAGAUUCUGAAAUAGAUACAAACCAGUUAAAGGCUUUUGACAUGAGCAGGACCAGUGCUGCAUAUUCGCUGUUACUUGCUGGUGCAACUCAUCAUCUCUUCAAUUCUGAAUCCUCACUGAUUGCAUCUGUUGCAAAUUUUUGGAUAGGAGCUGGUGAAUCUUUGUUAUUCCUAAGCAGAAGUUCUGAAUGGAGUACGUGCGAUACUUUAGGUCUGAUUGUUCCAAACCUUAAUUCUGCCAUUAAAUUCAAAUGGUCGAAGUGUUCAUUAGUUGAUAGGAUUAGAACCUGUAUAGCAAAUGGUCAGAUUAACAGUGCAGAUUUUGAGAAUGUAUCAAAUGAAUUUAUUUGUUGUGUCUCAGACAUUACACAGAAAGUGUGGGGUUUUCUUAUCUCUGAUUGCCCUUUUUUGAGAUCCUGUAAAGAUCCUAUUAAUUUCAGUUGGCUAAUGUCUACCAAAAGCUCCGAUACAAUGGAUGUUGAGGUUUGCGAUAACAAAAGUUACAAAACUGAGAUCUGUUAUACCCAUGAACCUGAAAAUAGCAUCUAUAUUUGUGAAGAACCAACCUCCACUGAUGAUGUAGUAGCAUGCCUUCUACAGCUUGGUUUACACUGCCUAGCUUAUGGGGGAUUGUUGGGCAGUAUUUGUUAUGGUCCUCAGUCUCAUAUGGUUUGUCGUGUUCUAAAUGUUCUAGACCGUGAAAAGAAUUUUGUUUUAUAUUCUCGUGAAGAAUCUUGAAAGUUCAUGUAUGCAACCUUGUCAGAUAUCCGGUGUCAAUACGAAUUUUUGGGUUUAUUUUAGCUUGAUAA